CCUUUCCUAGAAUUCUCCUCAUCUCCUAGCCUGCCUUUCAUCCUGCCUCUACUGGUCAAACAGUGUUUUAUUCAUCAACCAGUAAAAGAAACAUAUAUACAGAAGGACAUCCCCCUUCAAAUUUCCUCUCAUCAAGAGACAAGGAAACCGGGUGCUGACGUGGCUCAUAGCCAUCUAACACCCUCCUCUGAACCCUGCAGGCACUGACAAAACACUUGUACACACAAAAGCAGUCUAAAAACUUAAAAAAGAAGAGGUAAGGAAACUGAGUCUUGCCAGAUGGAAUGAUGGUUGCCUGUAAGGCAGAGGCAGGCUGAUGAACUCUGUGAACCUGAGGCCAUCACAAUCUACAUAGUGAAUGGCAGGUUAGUCAAAGAUGCCUAGUGAGACCCUGUCUCAGAAAAAAAGAGUUAAGGAAACUGCAGCGCAAGGAUAGUGGAUGGCUUGUUACUAAGAGAAUAGCAAGUAGGACUGAGACUGGAUCUCUUACUGCAGAACUCUGCAAACCUCAGGUUGGAAGGAGCCUUUUGAGUUCUGGCUUCAGGAGGCUGCAUCUGACUUACACUUCCAGGAUCACAAAAGAAAAAUACAUGGGAGAAGGAGUUGUUGGUAGAAAGCAAAGGAUUAGUUUAAGAUCGGCAUUUAGGAUGAAGUAGAGUUUGGCCAGAUUGGUGGAAAUGGAGGAAAUGGAGUAUUGGAGCGCUGACCUUCCCAGAAAGGGGUGGGUAGGAGGAAAUCUGGGUGACUGUGGCAGAAGAUGACUAAUUCUCAUGACUGCUGCUGCUGAAGCAGGCUUGUGAAGUGGGAAUCUGACAGUUGUGUGAAAAUUGGGAGCACAGUAGAGCUCAGGAUCUGGGCAUGGCGUCUUAAUAGACAUGACUCCAUGAUUUGGACCAGCUACUGGAGCUAAGAAGAUCGAUGGAGUAUCACUUUUAUUUUCACAUUCUGAUGGGAUGAGAAUACCCACCCCACCCCCCAAAAGAAAAUCAGUUAUGAAGCAGUGUGACAGUGUUAUCGUAAAAGUAGAGAACUAACUCGGAAGGGGCAGAGAUAGGGACAGUUUUAUUCAAGGCUAAGCUGGGCCUGAGAGAACAGAAUGUACAAAGACAGGGAAGGAGUAUGGAGUGUGGAGAGCUAGGCAAGGUGAAUCAGGAUUGGGGGCUGAAUGUAUACGUUUGUGCCAGAUCCCUCCUCUCGCCAGAGGAGUUUAUUUAGUAUGUGUAUGGGCGCAUGUACCAUCAUAUGUGUGUGUGUCAAGGUCAGAGAACAACUUGUAAGAGUCAGGUGGUAGGUGCCUUUACCCACUGAGCCAUCUCUUAGUUUGAAGGGGGUUAAUCCACUUCUAGUUUGGGCCUUUAAGGUAGGAAGACACACACCUUUGAUGUGGAUCUUGAGGCAGGAAGACUUGAGCCUUAAAUUUGGAUCUUGGGGUGGGAAGACACACUGCUUUAAUUAAUCCAAACAUUGAAUCUGGAAGACUUACCCUUAAUAUGGGGCCAUACCUUCUGCUGGAAGGGCAUAGAAGAAGGAAGCUUUUGCUCUUCGCCCGCUUACCCUUAUCUGGCUAGCACAGCCAAUCCUUCACUGGCAUUGGAGCCUACUUCUUCAGGAUUCCAGCAUAUACAGACGACCAGCUGAGACACCCAACUUUGUGAGAUUUGGCAACUUCUAGAUUCUUGGACUUUCAUUCAUGGCUAGCCAUUGUUGGAUUAGCUAGACUGAAGCCUGAUUCCAGUAAAUCCCCUUUUUAUAUAAAGAUUCUUUCCAUAAGUUCCGUGACUCUAGAGAACCCUAAUACACCAACUGUCAUAAAAUAUUUGUUGCUUCCGUUACUUUACAUAUCCUUAGUUUAUGUUCCACAUGGAAGAAUAUUUUUCAGUUAAAUAAUGUGUGACAUUGAUCAUAUACCAAAGAUGCUAAGAGAUAAUAUUUAUUAUAGGUGUCUCAACUUUGAUUAAAAAAAAAUUAGUAACUCCCUGUUAGCUUGCUUAGAUGCUCUGUUCUCCGCCCCCCAAAUGAAUAGUCUGAACUUCCUGGUUGCACUUACCCAUGGGUGGAUUUUGAGUCUACUGGCUCCAUUUGUGAUUAAUUUUUGAGACAGGGCCUCACUAGACCCCUGGCUGGCCUAGAACACUUAGUAGACCAACCUGGCUUGGAAUUCAGAGAUCCACCUGCCUCUGCCCCCUACCCUGGGAUUAAAGUUGUGUGCCACUGUGUCAUACCUUCUGUUUGUGAUCCCCACACCCCAAGAUCUCCCCAUUCACAAUACAGACUAGGUACAGCAGCCUGGACUGAAGUGUACAUGGCAUCGGUUUACUCUGCCUCCUCUUUCUAUAGAGGCAGAAUAUGAAAGCAACCUGUCCUUAAGGAUGAAGAAGCCACCAUUUGUAAUUUCAGAAACACUGGUUUAGCUGGGUGUGGUGGCACCCACCUGGAAUCCCACGACUUGGGAGAUAAAGGAGGAUUAGGGGUGUAAUGUCACCCUUGACUACGUAGCAAGUUUGAGGCUGGAAUGGGGCAGACCUUGUUCUACAAUAACAACCCCACUACAUUGAUGAACUGGCCUUUCCUGCCUGAUAGCCAAUUUGUGAAAAAUAAGCGCACCUCUCCUCCCCAAAUUUGUGCUCCAGUGAUUUCAGCCAUCUUCAUUCUGCUUUGGUUGCUGCUGGUAUUUGUAGCUUUAUGCUGUACAUUAUAUAUGCUGGUAUGCCUGCCGAACCUAACUUUCAGUUUGUUUUGUGAAUUGCUCCGUAAUCCACACCUUUAUUUCUUCAUGAUGGUAUGGAAGCCCGGGAAAGUCAAGACUCUAGCCUUGUACUUCACAGGGCUGGAUGAAACCCCAAGUGGCUAACUAGGACUCUUUGGUACAGGCUUUGAGUGAUUGCAGAGGAUGGUAGAAGGUGAGGCUUGGGUUCCCUACUCAGAAUUCUAGGAGCUACAAGGAGGAGCUGUGAUGUUCCAGAGCAGGCUGGAGGCCUGUUGUGUUCUAGAGAUUGUGCUUACCUGUCUCAGGUAGUUGACUGGUGUUCUUUUCAUAAAUCGUUUGUCUGUUUCAGCCCAGUAACUUCCUCUUGGUAUCGUUCAGGUUCCCCACACCUUAAAAGCAAAACAAAACAGAUGACGGACAAGUCCAAGCUGGAAGGGCAGAAAGUGGGUUUGUUGGCUCAUGGGACUGACAGGUUUAAGGGUAGGGCCAGCUUUGGGCACAGGAAUUGAAAGAUUGCUGUCAAGAUAUGCUUUUUCCCUUCAUCUCCCGAGAUUGGCGUACUUCUCAAGAGAUUGGCAGUUUGCAUAGCAGAAUGAUUGUUUUAAGGAACUGCAAUCCAAAUGACUUUACCUCUUGGUAGUUCCCAAGAAACCACAAGAAAUUUUCCCCUUUCUCAUCUAGGUCUCCUUGUGAUUUGUGUUUUUCCUUGAAUCAAAGGGUGUGGGUUGUUAAUAUACAUAAGACCCAUGUUUUCGAUUCACCCUGGAACUGAGGGAGAGCUCCACCCUGAGGAUGGACUCCCCAGAAAUGACCUGAGGCGAAAGCUACCACAGGAAAAGAAGAAUGGAAGGUCAUAGGCCGCUUCGAUCACCAGAGGGUGAACUUUAAACAAUGUUUGCUGGUGGACCAAAGAGCACAGUGUCUUUCCCCACUUUCAGAUCCCUUGCUUUGUAACUAUUUCUCUCUCUGGCUGUUUGUUUUCCUGCUCUCUUUUCGUGUUAGGCACACAUGAUGAGAUUUUGUUUCCUAUCCAUCAGCUUAGCUAAGUUUGUAAAGCUGGUGGUACCAGCUGUGGAGCUGGUUGGUGGGAACGGACGUACAUCACCACAGUUGCUUUGGAAGCAACAAUUUGGACCUUUCUAGUAAAAUUGAGUUUAUGUCCAUAUGUCUGUCUGUGUGUGUGUGUGUGUGUGCACUCAUAGGGUCAUUUGUGGUGUUUGUAAUGGUCCAGACUGUAAAUAACCCAGGUGGCCAUCAGAAGUAGGAGCCGUAAAGAACUGUAGUCACAGAGCAGCAAUGACAAUGAGCAAAGUCAGCACAGUCACAAGAGUAAACCUCACUGCCAUGUUAGUAUAAGCAGAAUGGACAAUCUCAAAUUGGGAUUCCAUUCUCUGGAUGGAAAAUCAGGGUGUGCCGGGGAGGGGGGACCCACACAUUGUUUAUGGAUGAUGCAUAGCUAGGUCUAAAACUCAAGAAAGGGAAGAGAGCGAUUACCACCAUUAUAACAUUAUUCCUCCACAACCAUUCUCUUGGCUAGUUCCUGAGCCUUCCGGAAUGAACCUUGUCCACUGUUGAGUUGAUGAUAGAGACAUAUACAUAUAACCUGUUAUGGUAUGGUCGGGAGUUGCCAGACCAGAGGGAGUGGUGUUUGGCUGAGAACUCCAGCAGGAAAAGGAGUCAAAGUGGAAAGGGAUGGUGGUGAGGCAGGAGGUUUGGUUUCACUCUUGAUUGAGAUGGAGUGGCAGUAAGUGAAUUGGGAGACACAUGAGCAGGCCUGGGUUAACUGGAGGCUCUCAGAAUAAAAAAGGAAGGGAAAGAGUUUUUUACUUUAUUCCUGGGGUGCCGGAAAGCCAUUUGGAGGGUUUUAACCAGUGAGCACAUUGGCACUUUAUACUGUGUUGGGUAUGUUUGAGGGGCAAAAAGGAAAAUGGCUGUGGUGACUGGAGCAGUACCAACUGAGAUGAGAGGUUUAAGAGAAGCCCUUCCGGGCUUACAGUCCCUCUGUUGAAUCUGAUAGCUUCGGUCAUUAGAGAGAUGUCAGCAUUAAAUGAAAAGGAGUUCCUCUUCUGUUCCCUGUGUAACCUUGGUGCCUGAAACACACUGGACACUCGGCACCAAAGGACAGAGGUGGACAGUGGAAGGACCUCCACGCUGAGAAGUGCCUCUCUCAUCAUCUCUGCCAUUCGGCAGACCAAGCCAAGGAAGGCUCUGACAUCACUUUUCCCCAUCACUGACAGACAUUCAAAUCGCCUUGGGAGUUUCUGUGAGCUUUUUGUUUUGUCAGUGUUUUGCUUUUUUAACCAAAUCCUGGGCCCAUCUCCAGAGAGCCUGUUGAUGGGCAAAGUCUACCGAGCUUUGUUGAUGGACUUCCUUCGUAACCGUCAGUGAUAGUGUUGCGGUUCCAGCAUUGCAAACCCUGCAUGGUUACCUUCCCUCCAUCCGUAGCAGAGCCACCUCCCUGCGCAGCACUGCAUUGUAUACCACAAGGUCUGGUCUCUGAGGAAGAAAGACCCAGGGAACAGACACCCACAAGCUAAGGGCACCAUGGCAGCGUCAGCCCCCUUGAGGAGCCUGGAGGAGGAGGUGACCUGCUCCAUCUGCCUGGAUUAUCUGCGGGACCCCGUAACCAUCGACUGUGGCCAUGUCUUCUGCCGCAGCUGCACAGGUGAUAUCCGUCCCGUGUCCGGGAGCCGCCCAGUCUGUCCGCUCUGCAAGAAGCCCUUUAAGAAGGAGAACAUCCGGCCCGUGUGGCAGCUAGCCAGUCUGGUAGAGAACAUUGAGCGGCUGAAGGUAGACAAUGGCAGGCAGCCAGGAGAGCUGGCCCGAGAGCCGCAGGACAUGAAGUUGUGUGAGCGGCACCAGGAGAAGUUGCACUACUAUUGCGAAGACGAUGGCAAGCUGCUGUGUGUCAUGUGCCGCGAGUCCCGGGAACACAGGCCCCACACUGCGGUCCUGGUGGAGAAGGCUGCCCUGCCACACAGAGAAAAAAUCCUGAACCACCUGAACACCUUAAGGAGAGACAGAGAAAAAAUUCAGGGCUUUCAGGCCAAGGGAGAAGCUGAUAUUACAGCUGCACUGACGAAGCUGCAGGAGCAGAGACAGUACAUUGUGGCAGAAUUUAAGCAGGGCCACCAGUUUCUAAAGAAGCGUGAGCAGCACCUGCUCGACCAGCUGGCCACCCUGGAGCAGCUCCUCACCGAGGGCAGGGAGAAGUUCAAGACCCGGGGCGUCAGUGAGCUUGGUCGGUUGACUCUGGUCAUCUCCGAGCUGGAAGGCAAGGCACGGCAGCCGGCUGCAGAGCUGAUGCAGGAUGCCUGCUCUACACAGGACACCAAGGACUUUGCCAACAGGUACCCCCGGAAGAAGUUUUGGAUUGGGAAAGCCAUCCCUCACAUGGUUAAAAGAAAGGCAGGAGAAUUCUCAGAUAAACUUCUCUCUCUGCAACGGGGCCUGAGGCAGUUCCAGGGCAAGCUCCUGAGAGACCUGGAGUAUAAGACAGUGAGUGUCACCCUGGACCCCCAGUCGGCCAGUGGGUACCUGCAGCUUUCCGAGGACUGGAAGUGCGUGAUCUAUACCAGCCAUUACCAGAGUGACUGCCUGCACCCCCAGCAGUUUGACUGUGAGCCAGGCGUGUUGGGCAGCAAGGGCUUCACCUGGGGCAAGGUGUACUGGGAAGUGGAGUUGGAGAGAGAAGGCUGGUCAGAGGAUGAGGAGGAGGAUGGGGAGGAGGAGGAGGACGGGGAAGAAGAGGAAGACGAUGAGGAGGCUGGCUAUGGGGAUGGGUAUGAAGAGUGGGAAACAGAUGAGGAUGAGGAAUCUCUAGGGGAGGAAGAGGAGGAGGAAGAGGAGGAGGAGGAGGAGGUUCUGGAAAGCUGCAUGGUGGGAGUGGCCAAAGACUCUAUGAAGAGGAAAGGGGACCUCUCCCUGAGGCCAGAGGAUGGCGUGUGGGCCCUUCGGCUCUCCUCCUCAGGCAUCUGGGCCAACACCAGUCCCGAGGCCCAGCUCUUCCCAGUGCUGCGGCCCCGGAGGGUGGGCAUCGCCCUGGAUUAUGAAGGGGGCACUGUGACAUUUACCAAUGCAGAGUCACAGGAACUCAUCUAUACCUUCACGGCCACUUUCACCCGGCGCCUGGUGCCCUUCCUGUGGCUCAAGUGGCCAGGAACACGCCUACUGCUGAGACCCUGAGUUCCAGAACCGGCCUGGGCCACACUACAGAAUCUUCAGUUCUCUGAGAUUCCAGGACUCUGAGAUGAAGAAGGGUUGCCUGGAUCCCAUACCCAUGGAAACUUCCUUUCUUUGGGAUCCCAAGACCGUGUGAAGAAAUGUUCUUGGCCAAAGCACCAGGGGGAGGAAAGAAGAGGGACAUUACAUCCAAUUGCCACCCAUCUCCCCACUGCCGUGGCCACGCCCUCUCUCAGCACUGUCCCUUCAUCUCUAUUUCUUGUUGUAGCUUCUCACCCUCCUGCUCAUUUCCUCUGGCAUCUCCUGCUCUGAAGACCAAAUGACUCCCUCCUUCCUAAGCACCCAUUUGUCUUAGCUCCAUGUUCUCUGUUGAGUAGGGGCAGCAGCAGCAGCAUUUUCUGGUUCAGGUGUUAUGCAGUGCUCCCAGGUAUUGAGGGAGACCAUCAGUGACACUUGAAGCAAUUUUUGCUGUUCUCAAAUUUAAGGUUCCCUUUACCUGAAACCACUCUAUUGCCUACCUUCCCUGGCUUCUUAAGCUCACUUUUCCUCCCCCACCAGAGUUAAAUAUCUGAAAGAAGCAGGGAUGAACAGUUUCCAUGGCUGUGUGAGUUUGUGUUCUGGAGUGCUGGUGGAAUCAUCUCCUGGUGUGGUUAGCAAAGCUCAUGGCCUCCAAACCUAGAGCUGAGGAGUGGGAUGCCCCAGGGCCAUCUGUGUCUCCAAAAGCAUCUAGGUACUGUGAUUCAGGCAGCAGCUUUAGUCAAUAAAUUACCUCUGCAGAUUAGUCCUUGUGAGGGGAGUUUUUUUAAACAAUCCCAACAUCUUGCUCUUGAUCAGUGGUUCUAAAAACACAGAGACUAAUACCCAAGAGGUCAGAACUACCCCUGCCUCAGAGUCUCCAGCCUUGUCUCCGGGAUAGCUUUAGGCCUCUGUUGUUGGCACCAAGGGGUGUCCAGAUCACUUACUUAGAUGGAUUGGAGAAGGGAAGACAGGAUCAUGGGGAAUCUUGAGAAUCCCCAUCCCAGGUCUUACUGUGGAGAGAGGGCCUGCAGUGUCUCGCUGCUGACCCAGCACCAGCCCCUUGGUCCAGUCACCCAGUGCCCACAGUUGAACACCAGCUCCUGCUUAGCCAAAACCCUCUUUUUAUCCUCAAACAUUCCAUGUUUCCUCUGCCUGUCCAAGUGUUAAGCUCCUCUUUGCUCCUGAGAGGCUGCACCCAGACACUGGAUCUUGGUGGCCUUAGAGUCACCACCCUGUCUCAAGACUGAGCACUAUAUGAAUAUAUCACAUGCUGCUGAGUCACUGGUAUAUACAACAGUGGCUCCCUCACCAACUUUUUGUCUUUCCUGGAGUUAAUUAUCCCUCUUCUCUUAUUUCCUGUGUCUUUAUUACUAAAUAAACUACAAGUUCUUUUCGGUGAUCAGAAAUCUCAA